AUGUCUGGAAUUGUUAAGAAGAAGGAAAAGAAGACUGCUAAUGAAUUAACUUCUUUGGCCGAAAAGAUUAGGGCAAAGGCCCUUGAGAACCAAAAACAGCAUAUAGAUGCAGAAAGAGAAGGUGGUUCAGAGUCAGAUUCUGAAGAAAAUGUUAGCGUCAAAGAGAAAAAGACUUUGAAACCGAAAAUGAAAACGAUAUCUUCAACGGAAAACGAAAAUGUUAAUGAGGAUGAAUCUUUUGAAACCUUUAGCGAGCUAAAUUUGGUUCCUGAAUUGAUCCAAGCAUGCAAAAACUUGAAUUAUUCUAAACCCACGCCUAUUCAAUCCAAGUCAAUUCCCCCAGCACUGGAAGGUCAUGAUAUAAUUGGACUAGCUCAAACAGGUUCCGGUAAGACUGCUGCAUUUGCCAUCCCAAUUUUAAAUCGUUUAUGGCAUGAUCAGGAACCAUACUAUGCAUGUAUUCUUGCCCCAACAAGAGAAUUGGCUCAACAAAUUAAAGAAACUUUUGACUCAUUAGGAUCGUUGAUGGGCGUAAGAUCCACGUGCAUUGUGGGUGGUAUGAAUAUGAUGGAUCAAGCCAGAGACUUAAUGAGAAAGCCACAUAUUAUCAUUGCUACACCUGGUAGAUUAAUGGAUCAUUUGGAGAACACCAAAGGAUUUUCUUUAAGAAAACUAAAAUUCCUGGUUAUGGAUGAAGCUGAUAGAUUGUUAGACAUGGAAUUUGGGCCUGUUCUUGAUAGAAUUUUGAAAAUAAUUCCAACCCAAGAAAGAACAACUUAUCUAUUUUCUGCCACCAUGACUUCUAAGAUUGACAAAUUACAAAGAGCCAGUUUGACAAACCCUGUGAAAUGUGCUGUAUCGAAUAAAUACCAAACUGUAGAUACAUUAGUGCAAACGCUGAUGGUUGUUCCAGGUGGUCUUAAGAACACUUACCUAAUUUAUUUAUUAAAUGAAUUCAUUGGGAAAACGAUGAUUAUUUUUACGAGAACAAAGGCCAACGCUGAAAGAUUGUCAGGAUUAUGCAAUUUGUUAGAGUUUAGUGCCACUGCAUUGCACGGUGAUCUAAAUCAAAACCAAAGGAUGGGUGCUCUUGAUCUUUUCAAGGCAGGUAAAAGGUCUAUUCUUGUAGCCACUGAUGUCGCUGCUAGAGGGUUGGAUAUUCCAUCCGUAGAUAUAGUUGUAAACUAUGAUAUUCCCGUGGAUUCAAAGUCCUACAUUCAUCGUGUGGGAAGAACUGCAAGGGCUGGUAGGUCAGGAAAAUCUAUAUCGCUGGUAUCCCAAUAUGAUUUGGAGUUGAUCCUAAGAAUUGAAGAAGUUUUGGGCAAGAAACUACCGAAAGAAAAUGUAGACAAGAACAUUAUACUAACUUUAAGAGAUUCGGUCGACAAGGCAAAUGGGGAAGUUGUCAUGGAAAUGAACAGAAGAAAUAAGGAAAAAAUUGCCAGAGGUAAAGGAAGAAGAGGAAGAAUGAUGACAAGAGAAAACAUGGAUAUGGGAGAAAGGUAA